CUGUCAUGACAGGGUGGAGUUUAGAUUCUGCUGUGACAGGACUUUUCUGUGGGGUCACUGAAACUAACAUUGUCCAGUUAAAAGGACACAAACGACACAACCAGUGAGAGAAACAGCGAGCGGCUCCACCAGCGACACUGAGAACAAGCCAGAGAUCAGUUGCCAUUUUUCUCACAAGACCUCAACAAGUAAAGAAUGGCCGUCAGCAGUGAUUAUGACUAUGACCUCUUCGUGCUCCACAAUGAGAGUGAACUCAAUGUAGAACCUCAAGAAGAGCAAUCAGCAUUUCAAGUCUAUGCUGCUGUGUGCUGCACCCUCAUCUUCUGCAUCAGUUUAUCAGGAAACAGCUUCCUGCUCUGGGUCCUUCUGAAGGAACGAGCCUGGAGGACCACAUGUGACAUCUUCCUUCUGCAACUCACAGUUUCCAACCUUUGCUUCACCGUGACCCUGCCCUUCAUGGCCAGCAAUGCUCUCCACAGCUGGGUGUUUGGGGAGUGGGCCUGUGGAGUCGUGAGAGGGUUUUAUAUCCUGGGAAUGAACAGUUAUGUGAUAAUACUCACUGCUGUGAUUUUACAUUGUUAUAUUACUGUGGUUCACGCUUCACGUCUGUCUUCACAGGCCUUCAGUAAAUGUCGUGUCCUUGUGUGCAGCAUUGUGAUAUGGCUGGCAUGUGCUGUUUCUAGCAUCGAGAAUUCAGUGAAUAGUCGAGUCAUAGAUGUGGGUUUUGGUGAAGUGUGUGUAGUUUUUAAAUCAUUCUUUAUGGUUUUCUUUGAUAUCUACAUGCUUAUUAUCUUUUUCUUCCUCCUUCCUUUCAUUAUCAUCACAUUCUGCUAUAUCCACAUGUGGAUAACUAUCAAACAGCGCAAGAUAACGAGACAGGACCAGCCUUCAAAACUGAUUUUAGGGAUAACUGUUGGUUAUUUUCUUUGUUUGGCUCCUCACACUCUUAUAGCCUUUAUAGACACUCUGUUCAUCUUGCACAAUUAUGAAAACUCUGAAUUUAGGCAUGCAUUGCUUCAUGCCAUGUUUAUUAUUUACCCACUGGCUCACUUCUAUUGCUGCCUGAAUCCUCUGUUCUACAUAUUUGGAGCCCAAAGGUUUAGGAGGCAUCUCCCUGGACCAUGUAACAGAGAUGGAGAUGGGAGUAACAAUGACACAGUGGCAUUCAUCACCCAACAAGAAACUGCUGAGUGACAACCAAACUUUUCAUUUGUCUAAAUACUUUUAAGACAAGGAUAUGUAACUUUUUUCAUGCUUUAACAAAACCAUACUUCAUGAUUCAAAGUAACUCCUGACAGUUACCAAUCAUGAAUGUUUUCUAAGCCUUGUCAAUCAUUGGCAUACUGUUGAUGUGAGUUUUUGUCUGGCAGUUUACAAUUUGGCAUUGUUUGUAUUUUUUAAACAGCAUGUCAUCGAUUUCGCAUGUAGACAAAUGCCCACUAUUCUGUUUUAGCUAGGCACCAAAAUUUUGCUAACCUGGAGACUGUUGCUAGAUUUCAGAGUAAUGGUAACUGAGUGUGCUGCCCAAGAAAAAAAGCAAUAAUCAUCAGUUCAUGGUCCAAGAAAAGGCAUGGGAACAAAGAAGGUUCAUUCUGUGUGCACACCACUCCUUCCAACUGUUUCAAGUGUGAUAAAGUACAAUGUAAGAUCAGAUAUUGUAUUCUUCUCUGACUUUUAAAGCUGUUUCGUGACUACUGUAGGCAGACAGUUAGUUAGCUGGACAUGCUAAUAACUGCAGCUUACAUUGCCACAGACACUCACAUGGUUUCAUCAGUUCUGAUAAGAAAACUAAUAAAUCAUUCAAAGGAUGGAGUAACUCAAACCGACACAUAGUGAAAUAUUACAUUAUGCAACAGAGCUGAUAUGUGGUGCUUGUUGCAGUACUAGUUUAUAAGAAAGAGGAAUAAUGGCUUGAAUCAUAUUAGCUUUAAUUCUUCUCACUGGAAUUUACACUUCAGAUCACAUUGUUGUGAUAAUGUGACUGUAUUGAACAAAUCAACCCACAAGGUGGCAACAAAAAUGGAUGGGAGUCUGAUGAUAGCUUCUUGAUGUCUAUAUUUUCAAAUACAAAAUAGAAUAGAAGAAUUACAGUUGUGUGAUUUAUAUUUAUUUUGUUGAGUAAUUAAAUCAUUGUAAUAACACUUGAUAUUUUACUCAGUAGAUCGAUAAUUUAAGUUAUAAAUGUAUUAUAAGUCAAACUGUUUUGGAUGCCAAGCAUACUUGUCUAAUGCACAAACAUACAACAUUUAUACUAGUGUUUGUGGGAAGGUUUUAAUAUUUCCUGUCAUAAUUAAAUAAUUUUCUUGAGUAAAACGGGUUGCUUACUUUUCAUUCAUUCACUCGUGAAUUGCUUAUGUGGUGAAAAUGACUGAUCAGGUCUAACAAAGUGAAACAAAUGCAUUCUUUAAAUCUUUUUCCACCUCCAAGCUGUAUGUUAAAGAGCAUUAUUUACAUGUCAGAUGUUCAAUUUCUGCCCAUUUGGUUUAGUCUGUGUUUUCACAUCUGCAAUGUUCCUACGUCUUCUAGUUAUAGCUGUUAAUAAUCCUGCAUCUCUUCAUGUCACAUAUCAACUUCCUCUGACAUGACACAGAAUAAACAAAUUACUUCCCCACAGUAGGAUCAGUUAUAUAUAUACAACAUAUUGCAUAUGAUUCAUUGAGAUGAGUCGGUCCCAAGUGCUUUUAAUUGUACG